UUCAUUGAUGUCCAUGAAGUAUAAGGGUCGAGGAAAUGUUAGGGAGUACAUUAUGGAAAUGUACCAAAUUGCUUCAAAACUUAAGGCACUUAAGAUCGAGCUUUCUGAGGAUUUGCUUGUUCUUAUGGUUUUGAUAUUGCUUCCUGCACAUUUUAAUCAGUUCAAAGUAAGUUAUAACUGUCAAAGGGAGAAAUGGACUCUAAACAAGCUCAUUUCUCAUUGUGUGCAAGAGGAAGAACGGUUGAAGCAAGAUAAAACUGAAAGUGCUCACUUGGCCAGUGCCUCUAAGGAUAAGGGCAAGAAAAGAAAGCAUGAAAAUGAAGCUGCUAAGGGUCCAGCCCAAAAGAAACAACAGAAGGAUUCAGAUGGUUGUUUCUUUUGUAACAAGCCUGGACAUGUGAAGAAAAAUUGUACCAAGUAUCACGCAUGGCGUGCAAAGAAAGGGUUGCCUGAGCUACUGAAAGCCAAGUGAUGGUGAAAGACACAUCUUUGUGGGCGAUGGACAAUCGGUAGAAGUUGAAGCUAUUGGGCAUUUUAGGUUGUUAUUAGGAACUGAUUUUUAUUUGGAUUUAAAAGACACUUUUGUUGUACCGUCUUUUAGACGAAAUUUAGUUUCUGUUUCAUUAUUGGACAAAUUUGGAUAUUGUUGUUCUUUUGGAAACAAUCAAUUUAGUUUGUCUUU